UUGUUUGUAGUUUCUUCAUUCCUGAGUCCAGCAGAUUGUCACUUUCACAAGCAGGCAGACGACACUACCAUGGAGAAUAGACCGAAACUUUCUGAGGAACCGGCAUGGAAGAAAUUGCAGGAUGUGUUUACAAGAAGUGGGUCUAAACUUAAUAUUCAGAAAUCUUUGAAGGAUGAGCCAAAAAGAUUUGACAUAUUUAGUUUGAAGAUUCAAACUCCCAAGGAUGGUGAGAUACUAAUUGACUACUCCAAAAAUCGUAUUAAUGAUGAAGUCUUCAAUCUUCUUUUGGAACUGGCUCGUGCUCGGAAGGUGGAGGCGGCACGGGAUGCAAUGUUCUCUGGAGCCGAAAUUAACUUCACAGAGCAUCGCGCAGUGCUGCACACAGCCUUGCGUAACCGCAGCAAUAAGCCCAUCCUGGUCGGUGGCAAGGAUGUCAUGCCUGAAGUCAAUGGGGUGCUGCAACACAUGAAAGAGUUCUGCCAACAGGUGAUAUCAAAGCAGUGGAAAGGCUACUCAGGAAAGGCAAUAGAAGAUGUGGUCAACAUUGGCAUAGGUGGCUCAGAUCUGGGUCCGCUUAUGGUGACAGAAGCUCUGAAGCAUUAUGCCAAGGGGCCACGCGUCCACUUUGUGUCGAACAUCGACGGAACGCACAUGGCAGAAACACUCAAGAAGGUCAGUCCAGAGACUACCCUUUUCAUCAUCGCCAGCAAGACGUUCACCACACAGGAGACCAUCACCAACGCCAAUUCUGCCAAAAGUUGGUUCCUCCAGGCAGCCAAGAACCCAGCUGCCGUUAGCAAGCACUUUGUUGCCCUGUCCACCAACAAAGCGAAAGUGACAGAGUUUGGUAUUGAUGAAGCCAACAUGUUUGGUUUCUGGGACUGGGUGGGUGGACGUUAUUCCCUCUGGUCUGCUAUCGGACUGUCCAUCGCUCUUCACAUUGGCUUUGACAACUUCGAGAAUCUCCUAGAGGGGGCUCACUUCAUGGACAACCAUUUCCAGACGGCUCCACUAAACAAAAAUGCACCUGUUAUUCUGGCUCUAUUGGGAAUUUGGUACCACAACUUCUACGGAGCUGAGACACAUGCACUCCUACCUUAUGAUCAGUACUUACAUAGGUUUGCUGCAUACUUCCAACAGGGAGACAUGGAGUCUAAUGGAAAGUAUGUGACAAGAAGUGGAGAGAAGGUCAGUUACUCGACAGGCCCGAUAGUAUGGGGCGAACCAGGCACCAACGGACAACACGCCUUCUACCAGUUAAUACACCAGGGCACCAGGCUGAUACCUUGUGACUUUAUAGCCCCGGCUGUCACUCUAAACCCUAUAGAGGGUGGGAUUCAUCACAAGAUCUUGCUGGCCAACUUCUUAGCCCAAACUGAAGCAUUGGCCAAGGGCAAGUCGGAAGCUGAAGCCAGGGCUGAACUGGAGAAGGCUGGCGUGCCGAAGGAUGAUCUAGAGAAGAUCCUGCCCCAUAAAGUGUUUGAAGGCAACAGGCCUAGCAACUCCAUUGUUGUUAAGAAAGUUACACCCUUUACACUGGGAGCUCUCAUUGUCCUCUAUGAACACAAGAUCUUCACCCAGGGAGUCAUUUGGGACAUAAACUCAUUCGAUCAGUGGGGUGUUGAGCUGGGAAAGCAAUUAGCAAAAGCAAUUGAACCUGAGCUGCAAGACAAAUCGCCAGUCAGCUCACACGACCCAUCAACCAACGGACUCAUCAACUUCAUCAAACAAAACUGGUAAACUGAACCGUCAACCUGGCUGUCACCUGGAACGAGUCAAUAAUUAUGUCACUGCCGACCAGUGUGUAAUGGAACAUGUAAAAGUCUGAUUUAUUUUGUCCUCUUUAUAUUUACUUGGUGUUGGCAAGAAUAAAAUUAAUAAAAUGAAGACUAAACGGUAUUUAAAUUUGAUUGGUUAUUGUUGUUUUUAUUUUGGUGCUUUUGUUUGAUGGUGCUUUAUUUAUUUAAUAAUUUAUUGUCCUUGUUUGGAUGAAAAGCUCUCAUACUUAAUUGUUUUUUUUUUUUUUUUUUUUAGCAAAAUUGUGUUUGCAAAUCAACAGUUUUGUGGAUAUGAAUUCUUUUGAGAAACUUAAUUUCUUGAGUUUUUACAAUGAGCAAUGUAACUGCAAAUACUUGCCAAGUUUGUAUUAGUGUUAAAUGUUCUGCUAUCUAUGUUCUUUCUGAGUCUCAUAUUUAAGGUUUUAUAUUUAUUUUAGACUGAGUAUAUUUUAUGAGCAGAUCUUCUUAAAUCUCCUUUUUUUGUCUUGGAGAUUCAUAGCAAUCCAAAAUAAUAACAUUCAAGCAAAUAUCAAAUUUGUGUAAAUACAUACAUAGUUGCACAAAAUGCAAGUUUGCUCAUAUUGCAAUACUUUUGUAGGAAUACUGGAAGAAAAAGGCGACAUGAGAAGAUAUGACAUACUUCAAUAGAUUGAACAUAUCUGCUGAUUUGAUUUCAUUCCACUCGUAAAUAAUUUAUUAACACUUACUAACACUAAACAUAGAAUCUUUUUGUUACGAUUUCAUCAAUUUUCUUAGAAAAUAUUAGUUACUUAAUAUUUUCACUAAUUCUUUCUAUUUUUAUUUCAAAAUACAUAUUUGUUAGGUGGGUACUUUCAGUAGUUGAUACUUACUGAAAUAAUGGAAGUUUGUGCCUGGAUGCAAUCUAUAAUGAGGAAUGUCUUUUUUAUAAUAAACAAUGUAUACAUUUAUUUUUAAACAGUGUUAUAAGGAAUGUAUAAAAAUAAAUAAGCAAUCACAGCUGAAUAAUAUAUCAUUAACUUUUCAUAAUUUUUCAUUCAUGCAAAGAAUUAAAUAUAAUUUACAUUUCAUUAACAAAAAGGCAUAUUCUCAUAUUCCUUCUCAGCCUUAUUCUUUCUGCCUUUCAUCAUGCCUAUUUACUUUAAUAUAGCCGAGUAAAGACUAUAAUAUCAGAACGUAUCAUUACAAAUUCCCUCUAAAAUUCUUACCUUUUUGAUUGUUUCCACAUGACUCUCAAACAUAAAUAUUCUGAUGAGGUAAGAGACAAUAAAAAUAUGGGACUAAAAACAGGUUUUAUUUUCAUACAUGACAUUAUUGGUUACAUAUUAUUUUAAACAUUAGUAUAUUCGUAGAUUUUGAUGUUUUCUGUGUGUGUGUGUGUGUGUGUGUAUAUAUAUAUAUAUAUAUAUAUAUAUAUAUAUAUAUAUAUAUGCGCGCCCACACACACACACACACACAUGAAUGAAGUAUAGAAACACAAGGAUGGUUUGGAAAUUCUAAAACGUUAUAAAGCAGCAUAUAAGGGUGAUUUUUAAGGUAGUAGCCUAUAUUUUUUUGGAAGAUGCUAAUUUUUAAACAAAUUGGUAAAUACUAUGGGUUUAACAUUUGUUUGAAUAGUGCUAAUCAAGCAGUUUUCAAGAAAUGUAAAAGUUUUAAAAGAUUUUGGUGUGUUCCAUGAGUAAUUUUUAUUGGAAUCCAAAGGACCUAUCCUAUUGUCUUCUUUAGGUGAAAUAGGAUUCAUGUUUGCACACCUCAAACCAAAGGUCUCAGACAAACCUUACCAAAAAAGUUUCUAAACAUUGUUACUAAUUUUAACAAUUUGUUCCCAUAUAAUGGUAUGUACAAAAAAGGCUAGGCUGUUUCUUAAGCUAAGAAAGUUAAGGUGAAUGUUUUUGGGAGUGUUCAGGCCACAGAAUUUUAGGAUUUUGGCUUCUGACUUGAUUCACCUCUGCUAUUUAGAUUUAGUUUCCUCACAUUAACACCUGUUGCCCUGUAUAAAUAAUGACUGGCCAGAAAUUACAGACUGUGUCAAACAAAGAUAAAACUGAGGAAACAAAUGUUUAAUUGUGGACGUUGACCAAUUGUAUUGUUAUAGAAGUGAAAAAAAAUGAAGGACCAUUGAACAAAUUUUAUAAUAAUUGUAAGAGGAAAUUUACAUAUUAUUUACCCAAAAAAUUAAUAAAUUCCAUUUUGCAAUUUAUUUUUUUGGAUUUUUGGAACCAAACCAAUCCUUAUAUUGUGGUUAUAUAUCUUGUUCAUAAGUUUGAAAAAGCUGUUAUAGUUGGGCAUCAGUGAUAAACUUUGUGUUACAAUAGGCCUAACAAUGUGUUGUAUUUUAGAACUGUCUCGUUUUCAUACAUGUAUUAUAAUUAAUUUAUUAUUCACCAGGAUGCAAUAGAGAAUUUGUCUUGUUUUAUAUUACAACACUCACUAGUUUCCCUAGGUGUAUGUUAUUUGAUAUUAUAUUGUUACAACUAAACGUGUUAGAAAGGUUAAACUUAGUUGCUCAGGUCAAUAAAUGCUUUGUUUGCAAAUCAUGUAGGUAGUAGAUUUAUUUUUUAUAUUUUAUUAUAAUUGGUUGUGCGGAUAUUUUAUUUGUGUAGAUGCAUAUUAGUUAUAUAAUAAUUAUUGUUAAAAUAUAUCACUGUUUGUAGUGUA